GGUUAUGAGCAACAAACAACAUACCUCAGCUCAUCUACCCAUCAUCAGCAACAAACACCCAUCGAGCAGCCUGAUUUACAGCUCCCAUCCUCAAUCGUGGAAUGUAACUGCAACACUUUGCGGAUUGAGCGUUUUCCCGGAAGAAUCCUCAAAAAUUCCGGUGGAAUACUCUACUAAAUCACGUAGAUUCCUACGGUAGAGUAAAUCCAGAACACCGGUGUCAACACCACCCGUACACCCUCACUGGAAGAAUAUUCGCAAUACUAUUCCAUCAUCAUAACACCACCUAAAUAGUACUCCGAAACGGACCAAGAACACCUACUUCAACCACAACAACAUCACCAUGCCUGGCAGACAACAGCAACGCAAGCGCAAUCCCCAACAGCAGCAACGCCGGAGUAAACAUCACACAUCGAUCGAUCGAUACCUCACCAACACACCAAAAUCCCACCGCCACACCCAAGGAGGAAAAGACCGCCUGGAGCUCAACCCAUAUCAUGGAAAUAUCCAACGCGAGCUCAGAGUACUGGAACUAAUCUUUCCCCUCCACUCAGAUACGGAUAUAUACAACACAGCACUAUUCCCUUUCAAACCGAGAUACCCACCCUCCAGGAUCACGUAUACGACCCACCUCGAUACUAUCCAUACUACGGCCCUCUCGGAUACAGAUAAAAUAGUAGCACUAGGGGAGAUCCUAACGGAGCUCAUCCACCCUAAUCACUUCCUUAUCCCCUCCACUACUUCCCCCACAGGAACCCUAAGAUACCUAUACAGUCAGGCCUUCAUUGAAUACAUGGACAACAUCCUCCCACCAGAUCAGGACACACCCAUGGCUAGGAUCCCCGCAAGACGACUUUCACGACCACCUCCGCAUCUUGCACCAAGCCCUGAGACCCACAACAAUGAAGCAAAUAACCCAGUAGAACAGUCCAAUGAGACUCCUACGAGACAACACAACCACAGUGACGACGACUCCAUCGGACCCCCACCGACUGACCUCCUUGACCGAUUCACCGCAGAACGUAGAGACGCCCAACCACAACAAGAAGACACCGAAGGUGAAGAAGACAACAUGUCCGCUACGAUCGCCACACUGGACAAAGAAUACACCAACCCAAUCGAUACAGCUCUUAACUCCCUCCGAACCAGUUUCGAUAUAUCGACCAAUACCACCACUGCUGAAUCCAACAUCACUGCUGAAUCCAACAUCACUGCUGAAUCCAGCACUCUCGAACCCCAGAAAAACAAUGGGGACGAUCAUAUGACUCGAUUUUAAAAAAAAAAUCUUAAUAUUAUAU